AUGUUAAGAAACUAUCUAGAACAGUUCGGAUACUUGAAGAAAGGCAGCCCAGAAGUUGGCAACUUACAGCUCGGUGACAGUACACAGGACUACGAGGACGACUUCAGACUCGCUGUAAAGACUUUACAAGAAUACGGUGGGAUUCCAGUGACUGGUAAGAUCGAUGAAGCUACGGUGACACUGAUGAAGCAAAGGCGAUGCGGGCGACCAGACCGAGAGGACGGUGACCAACAUCAACACAGGAGGAAACGGUUCUUGGUGCAGAAGGGCGAAAAGUGGAAACACACCAACUUGACAUGGAGGUAA